UUUUUUAUUCUAUAAAAUCUUCAAAAAAUCAAGUCGAUAAUCAUUUAAUAAAAUGGAAGCGGGUAACAGCAGGCCAAACAGGAGCGAUGCUCAUUUGUCGAAAGAGGAAGAGGCGAAGAUCGAAGGGGAAACAAGAGACUAUUUCGAUGGGUUAGCUCCCAGGCGUCAUACGAAGCCACAACGCAGUGAGUAUUCCUCGAAAUAUGUUGAUGGUUUGGGUUUGCCCAACGAUGAAGAUGAUGGUGUUAGCCCUGAGUAUCUAGAGUUUCAACAUCUUGAACAAAACUCUGAGAAAAUUGUUUAUACAGGUAAGGAUGUGAGUGAUGAGUUUGUGGAAACGGAAUAUUACAAGGAUCUUAAUGGUGUUGACAAGCAACAUCACACGACAGGAACGGGGUUCAUCAAAGUAGAUGACACAAAUAAGGCUGGCUUUGAGUUAGGCUCUGAAUCUGAAAAUGCCCAUCAUGCUUCAUGUAAGGGGAAUCCAGCCACUAAUGAGUGGACCCCAGCACCCGCUGACAUGGGAUCUUUUGUCUCUGAUAAACCUCAAAGGAGCGAUAAUUGAAAUGGAUGAAUUAAUUGCUUCAGAUGUUAAAACUGAAUAGCAAGACAAGUAGAUGAGAAACAAGUUUUGUGAAUUGUGGGUGUAUUCUAUUUCCAGUUGAAGUUUAUGUGUAGUUUUGUUAUGAGGUUGAAACUAAGAUGUGUUGUGUUAUAAGCAUAUAUAAUAUGUUGCUGGAUUUUUCACUA